CGCAGGUCUUAGCCAUGAACUCCCCUGGAGGAAGGAGGCAGGAAACCACAGGACCCAGGGGUAGAAGGGCUCACAGACCCCGGGAACAGGACCGAGAUGUGCAGCUGUCCAAGGCUCUGUCCUAUGCCCUGCGGCACGGGGCCCUGAAGCUGGGGCUUCCCAUGAGGGCUGAUGGCUUCGUGCCCCUCGGUGCCCUGCUGCGGCUGCCCCAGUUCCACAGCUUCUCGGCUGAAGACGUGCAGCGCGUGGUGGACACCAACGGGAAGCAGCGGUUUGCCCUGCAGCCAGGGGAGCCUGGCACUGGCCUUCUUAUCCGGGCCAAUCAGGGUCACUCCCUGCAGGUACCUGAGUUGGAGCUGAUGCCCCUGGAGACCCCACAGGCCUUUCCCCUGAGGCUUGUCCAUGGCACAUUCUGGCAGCACUGGCCAUCCAUCCUGCUCAAGGGCCUGUCCUGCCGGGGAAGGACCCAUAUCCACCUGGCCCCAGGACUGCCUGGAGACCCUGGUGUCGUCAGUGGCAUGCGGCCAAAUUGCGAAGUGGCUGUGUUCAUUGAUGGGCCCCGGGCCCUGGCAGAUGGAAUCCCCUUCUUCCGCUCUGCCAAUGGAGUGAUCCUGACUCCAGGGAAUGCUGAUGGCUUCCUGCUUCCCAAGUACUUCAAGGAGGCUCUGCAGCUCCGCCCUACCCGAAAGUCCCUCUCCUUGGCUGGUAAUGAAGAGGAGACGGAGUGUCAGAGUGACCCCAAGCACAGCCCCAGAGGAAGGAUGAUCCAACAAUAAAAUAUUUAUUUAAAAAAAAUGUGAAAAGAUAACAAAAAAGAAGCUCCAGUUUGAAACCAUGAAUUAUCAUCAUCCCGUA